AGCACACUUCCUUGAGGGUGACAGACACCAUGACCUCCAUUAGGUUCCUUGAGUUUCUGCUUCCCGUGCUCCUCCACAUGGUCCUCAGUAAGGAAGUAGAGCCAGUGUUCAGAGCAAAGGGCACCACUAUCGAGAUGGGAUAUUGUUUUGGAGUGGAUUAUAUUGUUGUUUAUCGUUGUGCUCCGGAGGGAGACCAGCUUCUUGGCAACUCCUCGUCUGAAAGCCCAUCUACACCUCCUGAUGACCUCCAGGGUCGCAUUCACAUCAACAAAGUUCAGCACCUGCUUGGGCUCCAGAUCAGUCAACUCACACACAAGGACUCUGGGAUUUACAGGAGGGAAUGCUGGCUGCACCAGACUCUAGAGAGCCAGAACACCCAGCAGCUCUCUGUGUGCGAUAAGGAGGUUGAAUCUGAAGAGAUCGUUGUGAAAGAAGAUGAAGGUGCCAAGCUUCUGUGCAACAACACUUCCAUUGGUUCAGAAGGAACCUCCGUACGCUGGUACUAUGAAACAUAUCCACUUUACAAGCCUAUACUGUUACUGGAUAGCAGUGUGGCUCUGGACCUUCUGGUGAAGGAGUUGCAGGGAGUAAUAAAGGUCCAAAACAAUGGCGCGUCCCUCUUGUUUGACAAAAGCGCAUUAGAGAACAACAGCCACUUUUACUGUCUUGUGAGCAAAGGUAAGACUUGUGUCAGUUUCCAAAACAUGCAGCUACAAGACAACAGUGAAAGCAGGGACAUUUUUGCCACACAAGGAGAAAGAGUUGUAUUAAAAUGCCCCUCUGAAGGAACCAACCAGCAAUGGGAGACCCCACUGGGGUUGUUCAAUAGUAGCAACAUGAAGAUGAACCUCUCACUUGAUGAGAAAUCAGAGGACUUCUCUUUGGUGAUUCCUGCCUUCUCUGAGGAACUUAGUGGGGAAUAUUCCUGUUUCUCCUCUUUGUUUGAAGUGCGGUACUCUCUGUAUCUUUGCCCCAAAAAUGAAUCCCAAAAUAAAGUGGUUUUAGAAGGCAGGAGCGUGUUGCUAGAUUGUGAUGUUGACAAAGAACAUUCCCUAAGUGUGCAGUGGUACCGUCGAGAACCAUCGGGCGAGAAUGGACUUAUCCACGAUUCAAACGACAUGAAUGUUCCCGUCCCGGAGGAUCUGAGGGGCAGACUGUCUGAGAAUGGGGCCACGAUGACCAUUUCCAACCUGGAGGUAAAAGAUGGAGGGGUGUACUGGUGUCAAACUCUUUAUUUGAUUUAA